AUGAGUGAGAAGGCUGAGCGAUCCGCCUCCCCCGUAUCUGAUGGCUGCUAUCCCGUCCCUCCUGCGCUUCCACCGGUAAAUAAUUCCGUCGUUUCACGGGAAUUUGCCCCUGCCGCACCCUCCGAACCCACCGGGAGCAAAAUUUCGAUACCGUACACCAGUAUGAGCGCAGCUACUCUUCCAUUGACCUCAGCUUUGAGCGGCCGCGGCGGCAUGAGUACCGCACAUAGCCGAAGGAAGGGGGGUCCCAUGACGUUGUAUGUGCGCUCAGGCAGCUGUGAUAACAGGGACUGGGCGGGCUCGAGGGAGGAAAUGAAAGGAGAAAAGCGGGACUACGCUGAGCAAACUGCGUUGGCUCACGGAGAAAGGGACCCCGUGGAAAUGAGUUCCAAUCUGAUUCGAGAAGCACUCACGAUGGGAUCAACCGUGACGCGGGCCGUCAAGGAUGCGAUCCCAGGAUUUGUGAAGCCUAAAAAACGAGGACGCAGCGUCACGGAACCGUUGGUCUUCAUUUUCUUUAUGGUUGUGUUUAUUUUCCUUUUUCGCAUUGCGGAGGAACAGAUUCAGUGGAUGAUCCGAGUUGUCACGUACGAUAAUGAACAGAAUGUCAUAGUUGCAAUAAGUUUGACGGAACAACUGCUUGAAAAGGCAAACGAGGUGAAUGAACUCAUGAAGCCAGUUAAACGAACCCCUAGUGAUGUCCUAGAGAAGGAAAAGACAAAGUUGAAGGAGAUGACCGAGUUGCAAGAGACCAGCAUUAAACAUUUGCAUUCCCGAAUGCUUUACCCAGGGCCGGCGGAGGAUGUCAAGUUCCUGGUUGAGGAACACGUGGCCUACAAAACGAACCUGGCGAAGAUGGUUAGAGAAGAACUGGAAUGGCUUGAAGAUAAAAAGCAGGAGCGACGUGGCCGUCGAGUCAACCCAGACGAAAGUGUAGUGGGAAUGAGGCAAGUAGAGAAGGAGGGAACCAAUUCAAAAGACAGAAAGCGCAUGGCAGGAUUACAGCGGCAGCGGGAGUUUUCAGAGCAACAGGCUUACUUACUGCAGAAAAGCGAGAUUACCAUGUCGAAAAAGGCCACAGGAGUCAUUGGCAUUUGGAAGGAGUAUUUUUCUUCAUACUUGAUGAAUCGUAUUGUAGCGGUGCUGGUGUUAUUUUUCCUCACAGUGUUAUAUCUUCGACUUUCGUAG